CGGAGGCCUGUGACGGGACCCCCUGGCGUCCGUGCCCGGCUGUCUGCCCGCAGGCCCACAAGCAGGCAGGAUGAUCCCGGUGGCCGAGUUCAAGCAGUUCACGGAGCAGCAGCCCGCCUUCAAGGUGCUCAAGCCCUGGUGGGAUGUGCUGGCGGAGUACCUCACCGUGGCCAUGCUCAUGAUCGGGGUCUUCGGCUGCACCCUCCAGGUGACGCAGGACAAGAUCAUCUGUCUGCCCAGCCACGAGUCCCGGGAGAACCUGUCCCAGGCGCCCUGCCAGCAGCUGCUGCCGCAGGGGGUCUCUGAGCAGAUAGGGGGCCUCCGGGAGGUGAGCGGCCUCAAGAACAACCUGGACCUGCAGCAGUACAGCUUCAUUAACCAGCUCUGCUACGAGACGGCCCUGCACUGGUACGCCAAGUACUUCCCGUACCUGGUCGUCAUCCACACGCUCAUCUUCAUGGUCUGCACCAGCUUCUGGUUCAAGUUCCCUGGCACCAGCUCCAAAAUCGAGCACUUCAUCUCCAUCCUGGGCAAGUGUUUCGACUCGCCGUGGACCACGAGGGCCCUGUCUGAGGUCUCUGGGGAGAACCACAAGGGCCCCGUGGUCGGAAGGGUGCCGGCCGCCGCCGUGGCGACAGUGGCGGGGGCGGGGAAGACGGGCGAGGAUGAGAAGGAGACGGUGCUGGCGGAGCCUGAGAAGGUGGUCACCGAGCCGCCGGUGGUCACCCUGCUGGACAAGAAGGAGGGGGAGCAGGCCAAGGCCCUGUUCGAGAAGGUCAAGAAGUUCCGCGUGCACGUGGAGGAGGGCGACAUCCUGUACACCAUGUACAUCCGGCAGACGGUGCUCAAGGUCGGCAAGUUCCUCGCCAUCCUGGUCUACAACCUCGUGUACGUGGAGAAGAUCCGCUUCCUGGUGGCCUGCAGGGCGGAGGCCUCGGGGGUGACGGGCUACGCCAGCUUCUGCUGCAGCCACACCAAGGCGCACCUCUUCUCCAAGCUGGCCGUCUGCUACAUCGCCUUCGUCUGCGUCUACGGGCUCGCCUGCCUCUACACGCUGUGCUGGCUCUUCCACCGGCCGCUCAAGGAGUACUCCUUCCGCUCGGUGCGCGAGGAGACCGGCAUGGGCGACAUCCCCGACGUCAAGAACGACUUCGCCUUCAUGCUGCACCUCAUCGACCAGUACGACUCGCUCUACUCCAAGCGCUUCGCCGUCUUCCUGUCCGAGGUGAGCGAGAGCCGCCUCAAGCAGCUCAACCUCAACCACGAGUGGACGCCCGAGAAGCUGCGGCAGAAGCUGCAGCGCAAUGCCCGGGGCCGGCUCGAGCUGGCCCUCUGCAUGCUCCCGGGGCUGCCUGACACGGUCUUCGAGCUGGGCGAGGUGGAGGCGCUGCGGCUGGAGGCCAUCGGCGACAUCGCCUUCCCCCCGGGGCUGUCGCAGCUGGUGCAGCUGCAGGAGCUCAGCCUGCUGCACUCGCCCGCUCGGCUGCCCUUCUCCUCGCAGGUCUUCCUGAGGGACCGCCUCAAGGUGAUCCGCGUCAAGUGCGAGGAGCUCCGCGAGGUGCCCCUCUGGGUGUUCGGGCUGCGAGGCCUGGAGGAGCUGCACCUGGAGGGGCUCUUCCCCCCGGAGCUGGCCCGCGCCGCGGCCCUCGAGAGCCUGCGCGAGCUGAAGCAGCUCAAGGUGCUGUCUCUGCGGAGCAACGCCGGGAAGGUGCCGGCCAGCGUGACCGAUGUGGCCGGGCACCUGCAGCGGCUGAGCCUGCACAACGACGGCGCCCGCCUGCUGGCCCUCAACAGCCUCAAGAAGCUGGCCGUGCUGCGCGAGCUGGAGCUGGUGGCCUGCGGGCUGGAGCGCAUCCCCCACGCCGUGUUCAGCCUGGGCGCGCUGCAGGAGCUGGACCUCAAGGACAACCACCUGCGGUCCAUCGAGGAGGUCCUGAGUUUCCAGCACUGCCGCAAGCUGGUCACGCUCAAGCUGUGGCACAACCAGAUCGCCUACGUCCCCGAGCACGUGCGGAAGCUCCGCGGCCUGGAGCAGCUGCACCUCAGCCACAACAAGCUGGAGACUCUGCCCGCACAGCUGGGCAUGUGCUCCAGCCUGCGCCUGCUGGACGUGUCCCACAAUGGGCUGCGGGCCGUGCCGCCCGAGCUGGGCCUUCUGCAGAACCUGCAGCACCUGGCUGUCUCCUACAACGCCCUGGAGACGCUCCCCGAAGAGCUCUUCUACUGCCGCAAGCUCAGGACUCUGCUCCUGGGCUACAACCACCUGAGCCAACUCUCCCCGCAGGUGGGGGCGCUCAGGGCCCUCAGCCGCCUGGAGCUCAGGGGCAACCGCCUGGAAGCGCUGCCCGAAGAGCUGGGCAGCUGCGGGGGGCUCAAGAAGGCGGGGCUCCUGGUGGAAGACACCCUGUAUGAGGGCCUGCCCGCAGAAGUUCGGGACAAGAUGGAGGAGGAGUGAGGCCGGAGUGGGGCAGGCUGAGGUCAAGGCCUGCCAGAUGCGGCCUCCUCCACCAUUGUCUUUCUUUAAGGGAGGUGGCCAGGUGGGCCCAGGCCAGGA